CGAACCGCGGCGGGUCCGCCGCGCCCGCCCGCCCGCCAUGUCGGCUCCCGGGACCCUCAGCAAUUACUACGUGGACUCCUUCCUGGUGCCGGAGGGGGACGAGCUGGCGGCGCCCCGCUACGCCCCCGCCCCGCUGGGGCCGCCGCCGCGGCCGGCGGCGCUGGCCGAGCACCCCGAGCUGGCCCCCUGCAGCUUCCAGCCCAAGGCGCCCGUCUUCGGCCCCCCCUGGAGCCCCGCGCACCCCGCCGGCGCCCCCGCCGUCUACCACCCCUACGCGCACCACCAGGCGCCCGUGGCACCGCCCGACGGCAGGUACAUGCGUUCGUGGCUUGAGCCUGUGCCGGGCUCCUUGUCUUUCCCCGGGUUACCUACCAGCAGGCAUUACGGCAUUAAACCUGAACCGCUGGCGGCCAGGAGGGCUGACUGUACCACGUUUGACACUCACACUUUGUCUCUCUCUGAUUAUGCUUGUGGUUCUCCUCCAGUUGAUAGGGAUAAGCAAAGCCACGAAGGCGCAUUCUCUGAAAGCAAUGGAGAAAGUGAGGCAAACGGAGAGAAACCGCAGAUCGAUCCAAAUAAUCCAGCUGCAAACUGGCUCCACGCAAGGUCCACCAGGAAAAAGCGAUGCCCUUACACCAAGCAUCAGACGCUGGAAUUGGAGAAGGAGUUUCUGUUCAAUAUGUAUCUCACUAGGGACCGUAGAUAUGAGGUUGCCAGACUCCUCAAUUUAACUGAGAGACAAGUGAAAAUCUGGUUUCAGAACAGGAGGAUGAAAAUGAAGAAAAUCAACAAAGAUCGAGCAAAGGACGAAUGAUGGAACCACAUGAGUUAAAUUAAAAAUGCAUAAAAUAAAAGAAAAAAAAAAGAAAAAGUUAAAACCAAACAAAACAAACAAAAAAGAGAAAUCCUCCCCUCGAGCCCUGCCAUGCAAUGCGUCUGGGUCCAGGCCUCAUUUUUUUUCCCUUGGCAAAUUCUGAUUAUGAUUGUACAGUGAUUGUCACAGAGGCCAGAGUGCCAGGAGAGGUACAGUAAGACUUCUAAUUUUCUAAUAGGAAAGAAAAAGGGGGCAUUAGCACGAAAAGGCUGUUUAACUGGCUUGUAUAAAUCUACCUGUUUCUUCACUUAUUGAAAGAAAAAAAAAGAAAAAACUACCUUUUCAUAAUGCACAACUAUUUACGGACUGUAUAGUUUAGCCUACGUAGUUAAUUUUAUUCGCUCUUUGCGCGGCAGAGAGAUCUCUGCUCUAAUACUUGAACACUGUGUUUUAUUGUGGUAAUUAUGUUUGUGACUCAAUUUAUGUGCUUGGGUGCUGUACCGGAUGUAAUGGUGUAAGCUAGAAUUCAAUUUGAACUCAGGUUGUUUAUUAUAAACAAUGCAUAGAGUAUAGCUCUGUAGUGUAUUAAGUCUUUUCUGUAUAAUUAGACAGUUAACCUUUGAUUGUAAAAUAUAUAUAUUAUAUAUAUCCCAACGCAAAAAAAAAAAAAAAAAAAA